AUGAAGGCGGAAGAGAUAGAUAUAGUUGUGGACAGCUUGGGUACCAGAAGACGGAAAUCCAUCACGAUUCCUCGAGCAUUAGUGGUGAACUAUCUCCCGAAAGCACUAGUGAAAGCAGUCGCCAAACCGGAAAAUGUAGCGGAAUGGUCACACCUUAAGGGUAUCCCACCAAGUCUAGCACCGAGCAGAGUAGAGUUGGUGACAGGCAUGGACGCACCCCAAGCCUUUAUACCUCUGGAAGUGAGGACAGGAAAGUCCGGAGAUGCCUUCGCAAUGCGCACUUGUCUGGGCUGGACUGUCAAUGGGCCCAUGAGAACAGGAAGGCCCGGAAAGAUCUGGUACUUACCUCAUCACCCAGUCCUGAACCAGAACAAACCAGGGAAGGUGAGGAUAGUAUUCGAUUGUGCGGCGACCUACCACUCCAUCUCCUUAAAUAGCCAAGUAAUGCAAGGGCCGGACCUCAACAACAAGCUGACGGGCGUCCUUCUUAGGUUUCGGCACCAUAAGAUAGCUCUCAUGGCUGACAUUGAAUCUAUGUUUCAUCAAGUGAAGGUGGUGCCGGAAGAUCGUGACGUCCUCCGGUUCCUUUGGUGGAUGGAUGGUGACUGUACACGAGAACCCGCCACCUACCGGAUGACAGUACAUCUCUUUGGCGGAGUUUGGAGUCCGUCUUGUGCUGGAUAUGCACUCCAGAAGACGUUCAAGGAUUAUGAGCAAGAGGUCACCGAAGACGUUGAACGUGCCAGACACAGCUUUUAUGUCGACGAUCUCCUAAUUUCGGUACCCUCUCUGGACAAAGCCAUAAAGGUGACACAUCAACUGCGACGAGUCUUGAGUAAAGGAGGUUUCAGGCUGACAAAAUGGAUCUGCAAUGAUAAUUCAGUACUCAACACCAUACCUCAAACAGAGAGGGCUGCAGGAGUGAGAGAGAUCACCCUCAAGGACGGCCGACUAUCCUCUAAGAGGGCGCUGGGAAUCCUUUGGGACCUAGAGGCAGAUGAACUUGCUGUUCGAGCCCAAAUGCCACGAAAACCGGAAACGAAGCGAGGUCUUUUAAGCAUGAUUAGUUCUAUAUAUGACCCUUUGGGUGUCUUGGCUCCUGUACUCAUCAGAGCGAAAUUGAUUUUCCAAGAUGAAUGUAGAAGACAAGCAGGAUGGGACGAACCUCUAACUGAGCCGAACGUAGCCUUGUGGAGAAAAUGGCUGGGUGAUUGGAAUGGGCGAGAAGAAGUCUGGAUCCCAAGGUGCUACUGGCCAGACAGGAUAUCACCUCUACAUACGGCUCAAAUACAUCAUUUCUGUGAUGCCUCACAACAGGCGUAUGGAACAGUGUCCUACCUGAGACUGACGGACAAAAACGGACGCCACCACGUAACCUUUCUGUUCGGCAAAGCCAAACUAGCACCAAUGAGGCAACAGACAAUUCCGCGAUUAGAAUUAUGUGCAGCUACGAUGGCAGCUCGGACUGACAGACAAUUGAAAGAAGAACUAGACAUCGAAAUGGUGGACUCGGUGUUUUGGACGGACAGCAUGGCAGUUCUUCAAUACAUACGAAACACUGAGAGACGCUUCCACACCUUCGUAGCCAACAGAGUGGCUACCAUAAGUGAAUACUCAAACAUCUGUCAAUGGCGCCACGUUAGGUCGACACUCAAUCCAGCAGAUGAUGCUAGCCGUGGAAUACUGGGAAGUGAACUGCAUAAUGAGUGUCGAUGGAUCCAAGGCCCCACAUUCCUCGCCUUGAAGGAAGAAGAUUGGCCACAGACAACACUAACAAUCCCAGAUAUUAUGGCUGAUGACCCGGAAGUGAAGAAAACUUCCAUAUGUUUGGCAACUACAGCAGCAGGAAGGGAUAGUGACAUCAUAAAGACAUUGUGGGCGCAGUACUCAUCAUGGUAUCGGUUACGGAAAACCGUUGCAUGGCUCAGACGAUUCAUACAAUGGUGCGUAGCAAGAUCCAACAAGACUGCAUGUGACAAAGGCCAGUUGUCAGUAGGAGAUAUGGAAAAGGCUCGUCUGGCAAUUCUACAGGCUACACAACUAAGACGCUUUCCUCAAGAGGUCUGGUCACUCGGGCGAGAACACACCUUGGCCGUGUUGCGAGAGGACUACUGGAUACCGAAAGGACGCCUUACUAUCGACAAGAUCCUCCACACGUGUGUGAUCUGCCGACGAUGUAAGUGGAAACCGCUAGAGCAGAGGCAAGCAAACCUGCCCGAGGAUCGCCUCAUACCAGGAGAGAGGCCAUUCACUUACAUGGGAACAGACUGCUUCGGACCUUUCAUAGUGAAACGAGGCCGGACACGGGCAAAAGGAUGGGGUUGUCUCUUCACAUGCCUGACCUCUCGUGCCAUACACUUGGAAGUUCUCCCAUCACUGGACGCAGACUCAUUCAUCAACGCGUUAAGCAGAUUCAGUUCCCGCAGAGGAACCCCAAGACGCCUGAGGUCUGACAAUGGGACGAACCUGGUAGGCGCUCACAGAGAAUUGCGGGAGGCAAAGAACAAUUGGAAUGACAGCAAACGGAUAAGAGAUACACUCCUACAACGACAGAUAGAAUGGGAGUUCAUCCCACCUGCAGCCCCUCACAUGGGUAGAGUCUGGGAACGUCAAAUCCGCACUGUAAAGAAGGUGCUCUUGGCGGUGGUUGGUAAUCAGGUACUUGAUGAUGAACGACUUUCCACCUUUUUCUGCAUCAUGGAAGAGAUAAUAAAUGGGCGACCCCUCACCCAAGUCUCAGACGACCCGAAAGAUCUAGAAGCACUCACACCCCUCCACCUUCUCCGACUGGAAGGCGAUACGCCAACGCCCAGGGAUGACAUAUCAGUGGCAGAGACAUACCGAAGGCGAUGGAAACAUGCACAGUUCCUGGCAGAUCAGUUCUGGAAACGAUGGGUGAAGGAGUAUUUACCAACCCUGCUCUGGAGGCACAAAGCCAUUAAGAGCCACCGCAAUCUGAAAGUCGGUGACGUGGUCAUCAUAGGAGGACACCCCCUCCCAAGAAGUCAGUGGUUAUUAGGGAGAGUCCUCGAAACAAUGCCUAGCGCAGACGGCCUUGUGCGAAAGGCCAAAGUGCAGACAAAGGAGUCAGUAUUGGUGCGCCCAAUUACAAAACUCUGUCUGCUGGAAGGGGUCGGGAGCCUCUGA